CUGAUACUAUUAUCUAAUCUAAUUUUAUGAAAUUAAAAAAUGGAAAUAAUUCGAGUGGACACUCUUCUCCGAGGCAACUAGACGGUGCAGGUCAAACGGACGUUGGAUUCAAUCACAUCUUCCACCACGGUUAUUGAAUCAAAUCCGUCUAGGGCGUAUGUGCAGUUAUUAUGCUGAAAUUGGAUCGAAAAAUCAUUAUAAUCAGCCAGAACAUGUACGGUCUUUUUUUUUGAACAAUUGAAGAAGCCGACGACAGGAAUAAUUAAUAUCUUCCACCAUGAGUUUCUUUGUCUCAGGGCUGCUGCGGUUGAACAAGCCUUGCAAGUAGUGGUCGAUGUGUUUCAUCGGUAUUCCAAUACAGCUUCCAAUCUCAUGGAUCCUGAAGGAAUAGAGUUACUUUGCUCCGAUUUGGAUGUCUCUCGUACCGAUAUCAGAUUCUUGAUGCUUGCUUGGAAAAUGAAAGCUGAGAAACAAGGUUACUAUACCCAGGAAGAGUGGACACGAGGCCUUGUGGCUUUAGGAGCUGAUACACUCGAUAAACUGAAGAAAGCCCUUCCCGGGCUCGAGAAAGAGGUCAGGACGCCAUUAGAUUUUGCAGAUUUCUAUGCUUAUGCCUUUCGCUAUUCUUUAACAGAGGAAGAAGAGAAGAGCGUAGACAUAGAGACCAUAUGCCAACUCCUAGAUAUGGUCAUGGGAUCUACCUUCCGACCCCAAGUUGACUACUUUGUCGACUAUUUAAAGAUCCAAAACGACUACAAAGUCAUAACCAUGGAUCAAUGGAUGGGAUUUUACAGGUUCUGCAAUGAGAUAAGUUUCCCGGAGAUGACGGAAUACAAUCCAGGGCUUGCAUGGCCAUUGCUUCUCAAUAAUUUUGUGGAGUGGAUUCGUGAAAGACAAGCUUUAAAAAGCUUGACAUGUGUCAGAUGCGUGGUUGUGCAUAGAAGAAGAAAGCAGGUCAAUCGAACGUUGAUUUCAAUCACAUCGUCCACCAUGGCUACGAGAAUAGACAUCACUAAUGUCCGCCUGGAAAAAAUAGUUGAUGUGUUCUAUAAGUAUACCAAUACAAGUUCCAAUCUCAUUGACCCUCAAGGAAUAGAGUUACUUAGCUCCGAUUUGGAUGUCUCUCAUACUGAUGUCCGAAUCUUGAUGCUUGCUUGGAAGAUGAAAGCUGAGAAACAGGGUUACUUUACACAGGAGGAGUGGACAAGAGGCCUUAUGGCUUUAAGAGCUGAUACACUCAGUAAACUGAAGAAUGCCCUUCCCGAGCUCGAGAAAGAGGUCAGGAGGCCAUCAAAUUUUGCAGAUUUCUAUGCUUACGCCUUUACCUAUUCUUUAACAGAGGAAAAACAGGAGAGCAUAGACAUAGAGACUAUAUGUCAACUCCUAGAUACCGUCAUGGGAUCUACAUUCCGACCCCAAGUUGACUACUUUGUUGAAUAUUUAAAGAUCCAAAACGACUACAAAGUCAUAAACAUGGAUCAGUGGAUGGGCUUUUACAGGUUCUGCAAUGAGAUAAGUUUCCCGGAGAUGACGGAAUACAAUCCAGAGCUUGCAUGGCCAUUGGUGCUCAACAAUUUUGUGGAAUGGAUACGUGAAAAACAAGCCUGAAAGCUUAACAUCUUUAUGAGUCUCCUCAAGUCAUUUACUUGAGAUUGUUAGGCUCAACAAACACUUCAGCAAAAAAAUAUUUAAGUUUUCAUCCUCAAAAACUUCAUCAGAAAAAACACAUUAUAUGAUUUUUAUUACAUGUGAUUGACUUCAGUAGAGUGGAAACACACUAUAACAAGUUGCAUUAUUAACCAAUGGUGAAUUGGUCCAAUGUCGCAACAUACUACACAGCUAAAGAAUAUAGUAUUCGAUGAGAUAAAUUGAUGGUUGUACUUGUAUAAGCUCGUCUAAAUUACAAGGAUAGGGAUGCAGUUUGCUUGAUGUACACGAAAUAUAUAUGUUUUUGAUC